GAUACAUAAAUGAAUGACAAAAAAAUCAAAGAUAAAAUUAAAAAAGACAAUUACAUCAAGUAAUAUAUGACAUCAGAUAUAUAAUACAGCGCACAAAACAACUUUCUUCUCACACAGGAAAGCCUGGGAGAAAAAGUGAGUUUUAAGAGAAGAUUUAAAAAUGUCCAAAGUCUCUGAGGACCAGAUAUCCAGCGGUAAACUGUUCCAUAGCUUAGGGGCAGCCACUGCAAAAGAUCCAUCGCCUUUAGUUUUCAGCUGCACUUAGGCAGAUCCAAUGUCUGCAGUUUAUUUUUUUACUUUCAUUUAUCACCAAAUCAUAUACUGAAACUGAGUCUGGGAAACUGACACUCUGCUUCAUAGAUUCUGAAAUAAUCUUGAAUGAUGCUUUCUUGUCUCUUGUUCACAGCCAGGCUCUCCCCACCACUCCACACUUCAUCAAAAUGCCUCAUCGCAUCUGCUCUGUUGAGAUUAGCAACAACUCAGGCUGCUACACUCUCACCAACCCAAGGGUGUUCACUGAGAGCGGCUGCAGUGAGGUCCCUCUGCCCCCCAUGGUGGGACCCUGCUCUGCUGGCAGCGCAUUGUUCAACAAAAUCACUGGCAGUGCCACUGGCGCUGUGGGCGUCUUCACCUAUGACCUUUUCAAUGGCAGCAUAGGUGACUACAGCCACGUCAUGGCUGUCAUGUUCUCUGUGCCCUACGAUCGGAACCUCUACUCCAACUGGUUUGCUGUUGGCAUCUUUGAAAGAGGAAACAAUUGUGACUACAAUCUUUAUGAUAUUAUGUAUAAUGGAAAUGAAGAUAAUUUUGUAAGAGCAAAAGCUGAUGGCUCCUGCAUAUCUUAUGAAGGUGAUUAUGUUAUUGUCAGUGCUUCCAUGUCAGACUCAGGUGAAGCCGUCCUGAGGGUGGACAUCAGUGAUACUGGCAUGUAUUAAGUCAAAACAAGAAAGAGUCUACUGGUCAUUGUAAUUAAAAAAAAUCUAAUAUGUGUGAACCUCAAUCAAGUAACAAAGUUGGUAACUAGCUAAAAUGGUUUUGAUUAACCAAUAUAUUUCAAAUAGGAGUAGACAUGA